CCAACAACAUUCCUUCAUGGUUACACGAGCAUCCCACCUCGCAAUUUGCCAGAUCAUCGCUUCACAAUCCUUUGGAAUGCAGAUAGCGCUAUCCUAGUGGUUUUACCGCCGCAUGGCUAUUGUCACGGUUACCGAAACAUUGUCGAUCUGACAGCUGCAAAGCUGCAUCAACUCAGUUUCUUCUACACUGCGCCCUUUUGAGCAUCUUUGUUCUGCUGUCAACAUUCAGUCCACGACUAUACCAUACGAUUCAACGGUCACUUCACGUCACCCCUACUUCGGUUACGAUAUGCUCUCACCAUCGACAGCCCCCUGAGUCUUAUGCAAAUUCGUUUGCGACACUGACGUUGCAUCGAGAGUUUUAGAGGCGAUCCUUCGAGUUACACCCAUGGCAAGACUGAAUCGCCUCAGUCGCAUACGCGCCAAGUCAUCUCAAGAGCCUGCUGCAACCGAACCAAAGCUAGUCGCCAUUAAGAGCAGCACCCAAGCACCUCAUCGGCGGCUCAGCUUACUCGCAAUAACAAUCAUUCUGAACACACUACUCUGGAGUUCCAUCCUCUGCUCCAUCAUCGCUUUCUUCCAGAUCGCGUCCGAUUCUAAAGACGGUUCGAACAUAUUACCAGGCGCAUUGACACUCGUUUCGGCUAUUGUGACGAUAACAUAUACGAUCGUACAUACAACAUACUCCGCCAAGCAGAGAGCUUUAACAUAUCAACAACCAGAUGCUACCACCAUCAAGAAGACGACGUACAUCGCCAAUCGUUUGGUGGUCUCGUUAUGCGUCUUGUGGCUGUUGACUGCAGGAUGGAAUAUGAUUCUGGUAGCUAGGAGGCCUAGCUGCCUGCCCAACCAGCUUGAUGGCCAGAGCUGGGAGGCGGGCAUUACUUGCCUUUUCGGUCGUGUGGGCAUGUCUCUCGCUAUGAUCGCACUUGUCGCUUCCUUGACAUUGUUUGGAAUGAUGGCUGCUGUGCGGCGUCCUUUCGAAGCCCACCUCUUCGCAUGUGGUCAACGCCAACCAAACAACUCUGAACUUACAUCGCCCGCGUCUAGAGGGUUAUCCGAAGACCAUGCUGCGACUGGAAAGCUGGUCCCUGAGAGCGGAAUGUCUGCUUAUAACCACCAAAGGAGUACAUCAACCUUCACGAACGCGGAUGUCGACACCUUGGGUUUGAAUGCCAGCAGCCGCCCAGCUUCGAUCGUCCAGUCGCCCUCACCAACACGCGACCGAGUUGGGGUCUUUACCUCGCUUUUUGCUCCACUACCUCUACCUCCCGCUUUCAUGAUCUCAGUGGAGAGUCCAUCGCUUCAAUCUCAGUCACCUGCUUCGGAUCCAUUCGCAGACGGCCGUCGCCUGUCACUCACACCUUGCACCGAUGCGCUGCUCACUUCCGCAGCAUAUGUACCAUACUCUAUACCCAUCAAGUUCUCCGCAUCUGCCCAACGCGCCGUCUACCCAGAUGCCGCAGCCCCCUACCGCUCCAUAAGCACAUCUCGCUCGCAACCGCACCCGCACCCGCGCAGCAUGAGCAGCUUCUCCAACCGGCACUGCUACGCGCGCUCUUCCGUCUCGCUCUCACGCCCGCACCGCCUCAGCUCCCUGACACCAGUACCACAUCUGGAGUGCAGCUCGCGCAGCGACACUUUGAAUUCGUUUAGCGCAUCUCCGGGACAGGCGAGAGUCCAAACUCCAAGUCCGGCACGUCGAGCACGGAUAAGAGAGCGAGCGCUACGGAGAUCGUUUACGCCAUCGCAAACAACACGCCCAUCCCCGGCACCGACAAACCAAGCCCCCGCAAACACUGGCGCACCAUCAGCGCACCAGACGCCGUCGCCGGCGCACAGCAGGCACACCCAGGUGAACGCAUGGCUAUGGGCUGGGAGCCCGAAUUAUCCAAGCCCUCGACUGUGCUGAGGAAACCGCUCCCUAUCAAUCUGAACAAACUCGUGCACUCUGCGUCUGCUGAGUCGCUGGAUCGCUUUGGCCCCGUGUUCGCUACCGAUGCAGCGGAGAUGAAGUGGAAAAGGGAUUUUGAGAUUGAGAUCGAGAUCGAGAAUCGGUCGAAUGACUUGCAUGUACUCCAAUUCCCUGGAACGGAGCCGAAGACCGGGAGGAAGAGUAUUAGUACAUAUACGGAUACGCCGAGAGAGUCUUAUGAUGCAGAUAGUUUGGAGGACGAGACCAGGUUUGAGGAUGCAAAGGAGGUUCUGAGCACGAGACCGG